UCAUUUGAUAACGUGGCACAUGAGUGCCGGCACAUACGCCGGUACAUUUUAUGCCAAAUCGCAGUGUUGGCGAAUUUUCUAACCUAUUCAUAAAUGUUUGUGAUUGUAAUUAUUGCAAAUGAUCAUGCAAAUACUGAAUAAUGUCGAUUUCUCUUUAAACAUGAUGUUUGCAAUUUGAUUUUUGUGAUUCAUUAAUUUUCAUAUAAGCUACUACAAUGUUCAAUCAAAGUACGACACUUGCUACUACAACACCUUCAACUGCAAAUCCUAUGAAAGAUUUUGAAGUUGUUUCACCACCAGAUGAUUCAAUAUCAAGUUUAGCAUUUAGUCCAUCAACUAUUCCUCAAAAUUUUCUAGUCGCUGGAUCUUGGGAUUGCAAUGUCAGAUGCUGGGAAGUUGAACAGUCUGGAAAAACUGUUCCCAAAUCCAUGCAAAGUAUGACUGGACCUAUUUUGGAUGUUUGUUGGAGUGAUGAUGGAACCAAAGUUUUCAUGGCAUCCACUGAUAAAAUGGUUAAAUGCUGGGACUUAGCUUCAAAUCAAUCAAUUCAAGUUGCAGCUCAUGAUGCUCCUAUAAAAACUUGCCAUUGGAUCAAGGGAUCAAAUUACACAUGUUUAAUGACCGGAUCUUGGGAUAAAACUUUGAAGUUUUGGGACACUAGAUCACCAAAUCCAAUGUUAACAAUUAAUUUGCCUGAGAGAUGCUAUUGUGCUGAUGUUGAUUAUCCAAUGGCAGUGGUAGGAACAGCUGGAAGAGGAUUGAUAGUUUAUACAUUAGAAAAUACUCCACAAGAAUACAAGCGUAUUGACUCACCUUUGAAACAUCAACAUAGAUGUGUUGCCAUUUUUCGGGACAAAAAGAAAGUACCAACUGGUUAUGCAUUAGGUAGUGUAGAAGGCCGCGUUGCUAUUCAGUAUGUCAACCCAACAAAUCCAAAGGAUAAUUUUACAUUCAAAUGUCAUCGUUCAAAUGGAGCGCCUAAUGGUUAUCAAGAUAUUUAUGCGGUCAAUGAUAUAGCAUUCCACCCAAUACAUGGCACUUUGGCAACAGUUGGUAGUGAUGGCACGUUUAGUUUUUGGGACAAAGAUGCUAGAACAAAAUUGAAGCCAUCUGAGACUAUGGAACAACCAAUUACUAGCUGCUGUUUCAAUCAGAAUGGCCAAAUUUUUGCAUAUUCUGUAUCUUAUGAUUGGUCUAAGGGUUAUGAAUUUUACAACCCUAUGAAGAAAAACUACAUUUUCCUCAGACCUUGUUAUGAUGAAUUGAAACCGAGAACUACAUCGUGAACAUUUAGAAUUAAUUCUCUGUAUAUUUUAGAUGUAACUUUUGUGAAAGAAAAAACAAAUUUUCAAAUAAAACAGUUUUUUACCAAA